AUGUCGCCAGACUCGGACCUCGAACUCGACUCCCUCGACGCCCACUCCGACUCAUCCCUCGACGGCGACGACGCCUAUGCCCCCGACUCGCCCCUCGCCACGGCCACCUCCCGUCCACAGGCAAGGCCGAGAUGGCUCCAGCCGCGCCGCACCCUCCCGCACCGCGUUGCCUCCGCCCUGAGGGCCCUAUGCCUCGCCCCGCGGCCCCAUCACCAUCAUCGCCGCCGCCGCCGCUACUUCUCCCGACGCCGUCUCCUCCUCCUCCCCCCGGUCAUCUUCUUUCUAUACGCCCUCGUCCGCCUCUUGCGCGGCCAGCCCCUGCUCGCCACCCGGCUCCCAGCCUCGUACUCAGGCCCCCACCGCGUCGGCGCCAUCGACGUCGAAGUCCCCGCGUCGUCGGCGCCGCGCACCGUCACCGACGCAGGCGCAGACGUGCGCUUCCGCCUCGACCCGGCCCGUCGCGCCUUUGAGCUCGAGACGGUCCUCGUGACGCUCUACUACCCCGUCGCCGCCGCGUCGACGAAGCGCUCCUCCCGGCGGCGGCGGCAGCAUUUCUGGCUCGACCGCCCCAUCGGCCUCACCGCCGCCGGCUACGCGCGGCUCGCACAUUUCGACUAUGCGCCCUUUCGCGCCCUCUUGACCGUCGUGCUGUGGGCCGUCGCCGGCUCCCUGCGCAUCCCCGCCGACGUCGACGGCCCCCUGCUGCAGCUGCCUGAUGAGAGUGGUGGUAAUGGGACCGACAGGCUCCCCGUCGUCGUCUUCUCGCAUGGCAUGGCCAGCUCGCGCACAGACUACACGCACUACCUCGCCCAGCUCGCAAGCAGGGGCUACGUCGUCGCCGCCCUCGAGCACCGCGACGGCAGCUGUCCAGGCAGCCUCAUCAAACCCGGCGGCCAAAAGCCCGACCGCCGCCUCGUCCACUUUAGCGUCGCCGACGUCGUCACCGCCAACCCGUCCGCCUCGGCCGACGACGAGCUCGCCGCCUUCAAGAAACACCAGCUCGCCUUCCGCACCGCCGAAAUCGCAGAGGCCGUCGCCCUUCUGCGCAGGCUCGACGACGGCCACGGCGCGCGCAUCCACGCCGCCAACUCGCGCGCAGAGGGCUCGUCGCUGCCCCUGUGGAAGGCCCGGCUGGACCUCGGCCACCUCGUCAUCGCCGGCCACUCGUACGGCGCAACCGGCGCCUUGCAGGCCCUGGGCCGACACGACGCAAACCUCGCCCCGAGCGGCGGCAUAGUCCUCGACCCGGGCAAGUCGAGCGGCCCGCUCAACAACAACGUCUCGGCACCCCUGCUCAUCAUCCACUCCGACGCCUGGUCCCGCGCCCACAGCCUCUUCCACGGCCGCCCGCACUUUGCCACGGUCCGCGACCUGGCCCGCGCCGUCCUCGCCCGCACCCGCGACGUACUUCCCGGCGGCCGGGGCGCUGCCUGGUUCCUCACCAGCCUCGGCGUCGCGCACCCCAGCGUCUCCGACGCCCCGCUGAUCGAGCCCCUGCUCCUCCGCUGGGCUACCCGCACCACCCUCGACGCCCGUGACGCCCUGCGCCAGUACGUCGAUGUGUCCGCCGCCUUCCUCGAUGCCCUUGGCUCCCGCGCCGCUGCCACCGGCUUGCUGGCUGAGAAGCCGACGCACGACGAGUACGGUGUGUGGGUCAGCCCGGAGCGCAAAGACUCGUUUCCCAAAGACUGGGCCGGGCUCUGGGAGAUUCACGUCAGCCCGGCAGAUGACAAGCAUUGA